UCUUAUUGGGGUUACCAAAGGGGGGGCGGAGGGAGGGCUGGUUUUCCAUAGUAACGGGAACAAAACAAGCCGGUCCCACACAAAGCGGGGAAUGGGAUGAGUGAGGCAGCUGAACAGAAGCACAGUAACUUCUGCUGAGAAACAGAGGGAGGAAUCCUGCUCCUGCAGCGAGGGAAGACAAGGAGGAGGACGACUAGACAGGACGAGGAAAACUGAGAGGACAGUGGGUCCAGUCGAUUGAGACAAGUGAAGGAGCAAAGGGGGAAAAAAAGGAGAAAAAACAACAAAAGUAGGACAAAAAUAUAUAUAUAUUGGAGACUGGCAGUGCUGGAAGAGAGUGCUUGACACGCGGGGAAAAGAAACACACACACAUACUCACAUCCACAUUUGUGCCUCCUUGGAAGGCAGCAUGAAUCGAGACAGUCAAAGUGAGGACACUUUGUCAACCAUGGUUCUGGAGAACAUCAAGAACAAACUGAUUCAUGCAUUCAGGACCACUGGUGAACCACGGGAUGCCCCAGAGUCUACUACUGGGCCCUUUAGCAUUGGCAGGAGUUACCAAGCCAAUGAGGAACUGCGGAGAGCUAAGAUAGAUGGAGCCAUAACCUGGCUAAGAUCUGAACUGCUGGAAAUGCGCUCUCAGGACCAACAGCUGGCCCAGACCCUGCUGGGACUCAACAAUGAGAUCCAGAGACUGAGGCGGGAGAGUAUGUCUGGGGCUCUGGAGCCGGAGGGGGGUGAACACCACUAACCAACCCCACCCAGUGCACCUCCCCUGGGGGAAACAGAGAGUGAGGGUGGAGGUUUCCUGCUGGAAUUUCCUGGAACCCUGUCUGAAUCCAUGACCAGACUAUGUCCUUUGGCAUUUCUAAAACAGAUACGUGGAAGUGUUACACAAACGAGACCCUUGGAAUGAGGAUUCCCUUGUAAAGGUCACAUGGCAUGUUUGAUGUUGGCUGUGAGGGACCCAAUGGACUGGAUAGGAUUCGAUGAGUCAUAGACAUAAGAAUGUUUCAAACUUGUGAGAUAGUGUUCAAUGUUGCAUGCAUCCAUUUUCAGUCCUGUGUCACUCACCAAGUGAGAUCCAAAGCGAAUAUGUUAUCAUUAAAAUUCUAUUAUUUAAGACAAAACAAUCCGUAUUUCAUAAGGCCUUAUUUUGAGGGCCUAGUUUUACCUUAAUACAGUGGCCUGAAACUCAGGUUUUUACAGGUCAAAUCAGGCCUAUAAAUCACAUUAUGCUGGUUUGCAAAGUGAUGUGUUACUCCUAUUGGAAUUCUACCAGAAUCCAACAUUCAGAAUUUUUAGUCACCCACAAACUGCAUUCAGAAUGAUUGCCAGUGUUAGGAAGACUAAGGGGGUAUCACACUGAAUUGGCUUGGAGCAGUUUUUCCGAACUCUGGUGCGUUUACCCCCUUAGUUUGGUUUGUUUGUUUUGUUUGCUCUGGUGUGAACACUCUAUCUGCACUAACGCACCGUGGUUCGCUCAAAAAUGUUGGUCUCUAAUGCUAUUAAUUUCGUACCGUGGUGCAGUUUGCUGCCGGUGAGAACGUAGUCUGGACCAAACACAGGAAAAUAAUCAGAGACACGCACUAUUAUUGGUUGUUUGACUGCAAGCAUUUGAUGAAAUGCCCGCAAGAUCAUAACUUGAAAUAUCUGACACAUUCUGUGUGUAGCAGCGCAUCCGAUGCAGAUUAGUGGAGACUGGGGCUAUACCGGAGAUAGAUGCUACUGAAUAUAGUCUAUUCAUUUAGCCUAUUCAGUCACAGUCGGAGCGGCUAUUGUGCUGUUUUCUCCCGAAUGUUGUUGGAAGACCAAAACAAAAGUAAUAUGAAGAUUGGGACACAUACAGUGUCAUUACUAAAAAAGUAUUUAGACAGGACCAAUUGUGCAAGUUCUCCCACUUAAAAAGAUGAGAGAGGCCUGUAGUUUUCAUCAUAGGUACACUUCAACUAUGACAGACAAAAUGAGAAAAAAAAUCCAGAAAAUCACAUUGUAGGAUUUUUAAUGAAUUUAUUUGCAAAUGAUGGUGGAAAAUAAGUAUUUGGUCACCUACAAACAAGGAAGAUUUCUGGCUCUCACAGACCUGUAACUUCUUCUUUAAGAUGCUCCUCUGUCCUCCACUCGUUACCUGUAUUAAUGGCACCUGUUUGAACUUGUUAUCAGUAUAAAAGACACCUGUCCACAACCUCAAACAGUCACACUCCAAACUCCACUAUGGCCAAGACCAAAGAGAUGUCAAAGGACAGGCCUCUCUCAUCUUUUUAAGUGGGAGAACUUGCACAAUUGGUGGCUGACUAAAUACUUUUUUGCCCCACUGUAAGUGAUGCUUCAUGAUAAUCAUAGAUGGAUAUAACGUGAGCAUUUUUUGGCCUAUAAAUAAUUGACUUCAAUGGACACAUCCCACUGAGCACACACUGCUUGAAUCAACGUUGUUUCCACAUAAUUACAUUUAACCAACUUGGUAUAGACGUUGAAUUUACGUCUGUGGCUAGUGGGGUGGUUUUGUUUAGGAAUUAUAGUUAAUUUGACAUUUGGAAACGUUAAACCAACUGGACAAUUUUUUUUUUUUUAAUACAAUGAUUCGAACUAAAGCUCAAAACAAAGUGUGAAAAUACCCAAAGAUAUGAGACUACUUAGAUCAUCUAAACUAGAACAACCGUUUAAGUAACGGGUGCAAUGAGUAACAGAUUGGAUUAGUUUAGAAACAUUUAUGUAAUUUAUAUUUGAGUAGCAUAAGAUUAAUUAAUCAAUUAGAAAACAUAGGUAUUGAAAGAAACGAUUUAAAAAAAAAUCUAGCUGCAAUAGAGCAUGCUGGGAAAUAUGAUAAUAAUGGCCGUGGUUUUGGUUUAAUGCUGGUUAUUAACAACACUGGGUUAUUUUACACCAAUAACUGUUCAUUUAACACUUACAGAGGUAAUUUAACUCCCUAAUUAACACUAGAACUGUUAUACUGAAAAAUGUAACACUAAGUUACACUAGCCAAUUUGCUGUGCAGAAGCAACAGAUAAAAAAAGAAAAUAAAAAUAAAAAUAAAUCAUUAAUCUUAAAGUCUCGGUAACAGUUGUGUUUUUGACUUUGAUGUUUUCUGUUAUGACAGAAAUAUAUGUACAGUACAUUUCAAUUUGGAGUUCUUUAUUGUUCUGGCAUACUAUGUACAGUACCUGUCCCAAAUGCAGUUACAGUAGCAAGGAUAAACACAUCCACUUGUCCACUAAACAUUAACAUAAUAAGUGUUGUCACUUUAUCACAGAUUAA